CAUACACACGGAGUAAAACCACCACUUAUCACCCCUGUCAAAAAUGGCGCGCACCACCACAGCUCCGCCACAAAUCUCCGACUCUGGAGAUAGGAUCUCCGAUGUCCAUCAGGACAUCAUCGAGACUCAAAUCUUGACGCGCCUCGACGGGCUGACCCUUGCCUCUUUAUCAGCCUCCAUCUCCUGCGUCUCCUCACAACUCCACGAUCUCGCAUACGAUGAAACCCUCUGGUCAAAGCUCUGCCACUCUAUGUGGCCUUCCACCGCCGAUCCCGCCAUCUGCCACGUCAUCUCAUCGUUCCCCGGCGGCUCCCGCUCAUUCUUCUCCGACACGUACUCCGUAAUCACCGGUGGCACCGACGGUGAAUACGACCGUCUGAUUCCAAAAUUGAUUUCCGCUGUGGAUCUGCACUACAGGGGGAAGCUGAUCUUCAGUAAGGUCGUGGAGACGGAUACGACGACGGCGUGGUUCCAGAGUUCGCCGUUGAGGAUCGAUCUGGUGGAUCCAAAAGACAUGAUAGCGACGUCGAUCACGCGUCGCCGAUCAUCGUUGCCAGAGAAUGAGAGCACGUGUAGAGAUCUGGAGGAGGAUAUGACGUUGAGCUGGAUCGUUAUCGAUCCAAUCGGACGGCGAGCAGCGAAUCUAUCCAGCUACCGGCCUGUUUCGGUGCAACGCCACUGGUUCAGCGGCGAGAUUCAUGCGCGUUUCGUGGCGGUCGUAAGCGGAGCCUCCGGAGUAGGCGGCGCAACGGAGGAGGAGAAGGUGGUGGAGUGCGGGAUCACGGUGGUCACGUGCGGAGAAGGGGAGAUGCACGUGAGGGAGGUGAACUUGCAAGUGGAGGACAUGGAAGGGAUGCAUUUGAACGGGAGUGACACUUUGGUAAUUUUACGAAGGGCGAUGGAGGGUGAAAGGGGAAAUGGGAAAAUGAGGGAGGAGGGAGGGAGGAGACGACACGUGGAGUUUAUGGAGGAGAGGAGGGAGAGGAAGGAGAUGAAGCUGAGGGCAGAAUGGGUGUUCGAUAUUUUGUCCGUCGCAGUUGGGGUUUUGUGUUUAGCUUCCUUCGGGUUUUACCUUUGGUGGCUAUAAAUUCUUUUUUUUUUUCACUUACAGAGAAUAUUAUUAUACGAAAGUUGAUACAAAA